CUCAUAAUCAACUUUAUUUUUAAUAACUUUUAUUAAAAAACAAACACAAAAAUGAAACUUAAAAAUUAAAAUAGUAAUCAGUUAAUAAAAAUAAUUUUUAAUUUUUUUUUUAAUUUUUAAUUAUUUUUUAAAAAAAAAAAAUGUAAAAAAAAAAAAAAAAAGAUUUUUAUAAUUAUAAAAUCAUUAAUAAUGAAUAGUUGUAAUAAUAGUAAUAUUAGUAAUAGUAAUAAUAAUAAUAAUAAUAUCACUACUAAUAUUAUUUAUAAUAGUAAUAAUAACAAUGAUAAAUUUAUUCAAAUUUUUCGUAAUAAAGUCAUCAAAAAUAUAAUUUUAAAACAUCUAAGGUUGAUAAAUCAGUAUUAUGAACAAAGAGAAGUUAUAAUUGAUGAACAUAUAUUUCAAGAUAACAAUGAAUUUUACAAGGCGGAACCAAAUGAAUGGAACCACCCACACAAAGAGUAUUUUAGAUCAAUCAGAAUUAGUUUUUUAACCAAUAAGAGUAUUGCUAAAGCUAUAAGAUUUUUAGAUUCUUUACCAAAAAACAUCAUUGAAGUAGAACUUUUCGAACUCCGUCAAGUAUCAUCAAAUAAUUUAAUAUUACUUUUAAACUCGAGUAACGGAAGAAUAAAAAAAUUCAAACCUUGCAAUAUAUAUGAAGAUAUUGGUCUGGUUCGUCCAUCAUAUUCUAGGAUGAAUCGAGUCAACAACUCAAUCAGC